AUGUCAUUACAAUCAUCAAAUUUAAAAGUUGAUUAUAUCCCAUUAAAUGAAAUAAGAAGGCCAAUUCCUCCGGUUUUAGAUCAUCAAAAGAUAGAUGCGAUGGUAUCAACCCUUCAAGGCACUCCUAUGGCCUCCGCAACUUGUAAUAUUGAAGACAUGGAUGCAGGAGAAUUGCCUCCUGUAGAUGUUUUUAAAGUUAGAGAAGAAGGUAAAUCGUACUAUUUUGCAUUUGGUGGUUGUCAUAGGUUUCAAGCAUACGAUAGGAUAGGAUCAGAAGGAAACAAAGAAACGUUAGUGAAAUGCAAAAUACUUCCUGCUACAAGGCGAACAUUAAAGUUAUAUUUAGGUGCUUCGGUUGAUGAAAUGUUUAAAGACAUCGACGAAGAGAAAUAA